AUGGCGCAAGAACGACGGCGACGCUGGGCGCCGCUGCCGCCUCGUGUCGGGCUGGUGAUCAUCUGCAUCCGUGUCUGGGUGCUGACCGUCCCCGUGGCCGGAUCAGCGAGAGGGAGCUCGCCGGGCUCUGCUGGCGCCGCCGCGGGCUGCGACCUGUUCCAGGGGAGGUGGGUGGCGGACGAGUCGUACCCGUUGUACGACGCGUCGGCGUGCCCGUUCGUGCCGGACGUCUUCGACUGCCGCCGCAACGGCCGCCCCGACGACGCGUACCUCAAGUUCCGGUGGAGCCCCGCCUCCUGCCGGCUGCCAAGGUUCGACGGCGCGGAUUUCCUGAGGCGGUGGCGCGGGAAGAAGGUGAUGUUCGUGGGGGACUCGCUGAGCAUGAACCAGUGGGUGUCGCUCGCCUGCAUGCUCCACGCCGCCGCGCCGGCGCCCGUCCGCGCCACCCUGACUGCCGGCGAGCCCGUCUCCUCCGUGCGCUUCGAGGACUACGACCUGCUGGUGGUGCUGUACCACACGACGUUCCUGGUGGACGUGGUGCAGGAGGACGUCGGCCAGGUGCUCAAGCUCGACUCCAUGCGCAACGCCAACGCCUGGCUCGGCGCGCACCUGCUCGUCUUCAACACCUGGCACUGGUGGACCUACAGGGGCUCCAGCCAAGUGUGGGACUACGUGCAGGACGGGAACCGCACGUACCGGGACAUGGACCGGCUCACGGCCUUCUCCAAGGGACUCUCCACAUGGGCGCGCUGGGUGGACGCCAACGUCGGCGCGUCCAAGACCAGGGUCUUCUUCCAGGGCAUCUCUCCCAGCCACUACAUGUCCAAGCAGCAGGAGGGCGAGGCCGGCGCAGCGGCGAGGGAGCCGGCGACUGGGGGAGGCGGCGGCAGCUGCCUGAAGCAAACGCGGCCGUUGCAGGAGGCCACGGACGCCGCGGCGGGCGUCGGCACGACGCCGGAGCAGGGCGUGGUGCGGGGCGUGAUCGGGGCCAUGGCGUCGCCGGUGGCGCUGCUGGACAUCACAGCGCUGUCGCAGCUCAGGAUCGACGCGCACCCGUCCGUGUACGCCGGGCCGGGGCGGGACGGCAUGGACUGCACGCACUGGUGCAUCGCGGGGCUCCCCGACGCGUGGAACCAGAUCAUGUACGCCAUGCUCCUGCAGCAGCAGGGAUGAAACAGAUGAGACGCUGUUGAUAUAACGACCGUGAAUUG